AUGUCUAGUGGAGGUGGUGAGAAUGGAGCUAAAAAAGCAGAGGAAUUACAUCCUCAUCCAAUUAUGGAGCAACUUAAGAAUGUACAAUACUGUGUUAACAACCCACCACCUUUGUCAGAAGCAUUAUUCUUAGGGUUUCAACAUUACAUAUUGAGUCUUGGUAAUAUUGUCUUAAUUCCUAGCAUCCUAGUUCCUCAAAUGGGAGGUGGCAAUGAUGAGACGGCAAAAGUAGUACAGACAAUGCUCUUUAUUUCAGGAGUGAAUACAUUACUACAAUCUUUAUUCGGGACCAGAUUGCCAUUGGUAAUAGGUGGUUCAUAUGCAUACUUGAUACCAAUUACCUCAAUUAUCCAGUUUAAUAGUUCCUCAGUUCUUCAGGAUCCUGAGCUGGGGUUUAUGCAUACAAUGAGAGGCAUACAGGGAGCUCUUAUUGUUACUUCUGGUUUCCAAAUUAUAAUGGGCUUCUUUGGCCUGUGGAGAAAUCUUGUAAGGUUACUUAGCCCUCUAUUUGUGGCACCACUUGUUACUUUGACUGGACUAGGGCUCUACCAUCUUGGCUUCCCAUUGAUUGCAGAAUGUGUCGAAGUUGGGUUACCACAGUUGAUUUUCAUGGUUUUCAUCACACAGUAUCUACCAACAUAUCUCAAAUUAAAGAGGCCGAUAUAUGACCGGUUUGCAAUGCUCUUCUCUAUAGCAAUUAUAUGGUUUUAUGCAGCAAUCUUGACCUGGAGUGGUGCAUACAAGAAUGCAAAGGAAGCAACUUGCCGCACUGACUCUGAUCUUCAAGAGCCUUCAGUUUCUCAUUCAAUGUUUGUGCCUUCGUAUCUCUGGUAA